GCUCAAGGAUUCCAACUCUUGCUGAUUCGAAAAAAGACUUUGCUUCUGAGCUUCUCUGCUCUUGUCAGUGCCUGCGGGCUUUCUGUGCGAGACUCCUCCAUUUCUUUUUCAACUCCAGGCGUCGUCAGUAGGGCUAGAGGAGGAGAUCCGCUACAGAGCCUCCGGAUUCUCAACCCUUACCCAGGUAUCUUUGCGUAUUAUGAUGGGCGGACCGGAGAAAGGUUCGCCUCUGACCAGCCAAAUUGGCUUGACGAUGGCGCGUUCACCUUAGGAGUUGCGACAUAUUCCAUCAUUGACGGAAAUGAGGCCAUCAUCUAUGACUCUCACAUCACUCCCGAGCAUGCAGGUGCUGUGAUGCGACAUGUCCAGAGCCAAGGCGUCACCAAGAUGUCGUUGGUGAUCAGCCAUUUUCACAACGAUCAUAUCGCCGGCACUGAGGUCUUCUCCAAGGGGGGAGCCACAAUUGUCGGACACGAGAUUACGGCCCGGGUAGUGAAGAGGAAUGCGCAGAAUCUUGCGGCUGACAGCCCGUCCAUCAACGCUAUACCUCCUACCGAGCUCUAUACUGGGAAAAGGGAAAUGAAGGUUGGAAACCUGGCCGUUGAGUUGCAUAACUUUCAGGUCCACACACCUGACGGAACUAUUCUCUACAUUCCUUCAAAGCAGCUGAUCUUCGCCGGUGACACUGUGGAGGAUACGGCGACCUUUAUCGCUGACGCCAAGAGCCUGCCAACGCACCAGAAAGAGCUUCAACGCAUGGCAACUUUCCCGAUCUCGAAGAUCCUGCCUGCGCAUGGAGAGCCAAACCGGAUUGCCAUGGGUGGCUACAGUCCAACUAUCAUCAAUGCCACGCUUCGGUAUAUUGCUGCCAUGACGGAAGACGUGCCAGAGCCAGCAGCGUGGAAUCAACCUCUGUCUCAGGUCGUUGAUGCAGAUGUCAAGGGCGGGGACUUGAUAUACUUUGCGCAGUACGAGGAGGUGCAUCAAAGCAACGCGGACGCCAUCCGGAGGAGUCGUGGAAGGGGUAAUAAUGAUUAA